UGCUUUUCUUUCUAGGUUUUGGUCUCUACACACAGUCAUACUAUAGCAAGGAAAUUACAAGAAGUUCUAAAGAAAGUCGUGACAGGAUUAUUGGACAAUACCGGCCUGGAAACGGAGGCCUUGAUGAUAUUUACUCACGGCCUGAUUACUGAAUCCUUUCCACAACUAUCAGAUAAACAGAGAGAGAAGUCCAAAGCAGAAGCUAAAGAAAACCUGUCAUUUCGCCCUCCAAGUUGUCUUCUGUUACCGGUGGAGCCGAAACGUGGAGGAGAGAAGCCCAGACUGAGUAAAAAGACCAAUAUUCAUGUCCUGGUGGAGUUUGGUCUCCAACUUUUGUGUCUGUGUCUGAAGAGGGGCCGCCUGGUGGCCACGGAGGAGCUCCACUGUCGACUGGUGGAUCCAUUUAUAUCUCUCCUAUCAGACUGUCUGUAUUCUAAGCAUAUCAGGAUUAACACACUGAGCUUGAGAUGUCUGUGCUGGCUGCUCAAAUUCAAAUUACCCUCUGUGAAUAAAAACAUCAGGAAGUUGGCCAAUGGGAUGUUCAUCAUCUUAAAAAACUAUGCAUCAGCAGGUGCUUCAAAGGGAGACAACUUGGAACUCAUCUCUAUGACAUUUAAGGCAGUGACAGUGUUGGUGAGAGACGUAAAGAUUUACAAACUAGAUCAGACACAACUACAGGUGCUGUUAACAUUCUGUGAGGAAGAUUUAUAUGAUUAUAACAGACAGAGCACGGCUUUCUCACUAUUAAAGGCCAUAUUGACCCGCAAGUUGAAUGUGCCUGAAGUGUUUGAGUUGAUAAAGAAGGUGGAGGAUAUGUCUAUCACGGCGGACUCUCCCCACGUCAGGAGGGAGUGCAGACAGAUAACACUGCAGUACAUCUUGGAAUAUCCCCUGGGGAAACUUCUCAACAAACACCUGGAGUUUUACGUCACACAAUUGUCCUAUGAAAUGGAGAAUGGUCGUGAGUCGGCCCUAGAGAUGUUGGCCACGAUAUUUUCGUCGUUUCCACAGAAUAUCUUGAAUGAACAUGCAGGAAUGUUCUUCAUUCCAAUGUCAGCAGCUCUUGUCAAUGAUGAAUCCACGAAAUGUAGAAAACUGACAGCUUUAGCCAUUAAAUCUCUUUUACAAAAGGUCGACCACAACACGAGAAAGGAACUAUUCAGCAUUACUCAGAAAUGGUUCACAGAUGACAAGAUAAACCAUCGGAUCCUGGCAGCCCAACUGACUGGUCUAUUUAUAGAAGUAGAAUCCACAAAAUUUGCACACCAUCUGUCUGUGAUAUUACCCAUAAUUCAUCAGCAAAUAGACCCAGGAAGAUAUCAAGAGACUCAUCAAAGUUCCACUGGAGAAACAGAAAAAGACAGACUGCUUUAUCACUGUAUGAACACACUCCUUAAAUUACUGAGAGAAUGUGACAUCAUCAGAGAUGUUAAAUGGAGGGAAGAAAUGAACAUUAUCUGGGACAAUGUUGUGAGUCAUCUAGGAUAUGAACACAUGUGGGUACAGUUGGCAUCCUGUCAGCUGAUUGGUCUGUUGUUUGCCGCUUGGACUCCAGAAGAAAUUAUUCAGCCUCAUUCUGGUUCUACUCUACAUGAUUUCAUCCAAAUGGAUUCCAUUCGCAAGUUGGAGAGUUUGGCGUUGGAUCUGAUAACACAGUUACAGUCGAGGUUUCUUACAGAAGAUUUAGCCAAUCAAAUCAUCAAAAACAUGGUGUUUAUUGCUAAAGUUGCCAAGCUUCUCUCUGACAAAGAGAGUUCUAAGGACUCUGCUGAGGCAGCUAACUCUGAUUUAAAGAACCAGAAGUGUCUUUCAUUGCGAUGGUUGAUCAAGAAAAUGAUCAGAGAAGCAAAUCAUGAGGCGGUGAAUCAGCCAAAAUCUACAAUAAAGAGAUGUAGUGUGUUUAAAUGGGUGGCUGCUGUCAGUAUGGACCUAGGCUCUACAGUGCUGCCGUCUGUGGUUCCUAUCAUGAUGCCAGCUCUACAAAGGGAGACAAAUGAGAAUAAUCCAAAUACUGAGUCAGCACUUAAGGGACUUGCCCAAGAAGUACUUGAUAUAUUGAAGAAAAUGCUAGGAAUUGAAACAUACACCCAGCUGUUCGCCAAAACACACAAGGAGCAGUUCAACAGAAAGGAAACAAGAAAAAGGAAAGAGGCUGUUGAGGCUGUAUCCAAUCCUCAGAAUGCUGCAAAAAAGAAAAUGAAGAAGAAUUUGGCAAAACGAGAGGCAAAAAAGAGAAAAGUAGAGGAAUUCCGAGCGUCAAAGAAAAUAAAGAGACGGAAAGUUAAAGACAUGGCGAUUACUUCCUGAUAAAGACAUUGUGAUAUCUGCGGGAAGACUUUUAUGUUUGUUUACAAUUUGAUGAAUUGUGAUACAUUAUAUCACAUGAUGCAAAUUUUUGAAGUUUGAUAUUAUGUAUGAUAUGAAAAUAAAAUAAUACAAUUUUG